UGCUAAUCUUCCACCAAGCACUCACCUGCCACGUAAAGAAUGCAUCGCGAAAUAUAAUCCGCCCCCGGCGCUCUCCAUCAACACAACAAUCGCGUUACCAUUCCAAGAAACACCUGAUUUAGUGUCGUUGCGUUUGCCACACUGUCCGUCCAGGUUGUUCUGAUGGCUUUGAAGAGCGAGAUGAAGGAAGAGCACGGCCGUUCAGACUCGUACCGAGUGGCAACGAUUCCGUCCAAUUACGACGACAACAAAACCGCAGACGGUAGAGCUAAGUCACGGAGGAAAAAUGUAAAGAAGCAAAGGAAAGCGGAAGACUUAGAUGACUUGAAACAAGAAUUGGACAUCGACUAUCACAAGAUCACCCCGGAAGAGUUAUAUCAAAGGUUUCAGACUCAUCCAGAAAAUGGCCUCAGUCACGCGAAAGCGAAAGAAAAUUUGGAACGGGACGGACCCAAUGCACUCACGCCCCCAAAGACCACCCCCGAAUGGGUGAAGUUUUGUAAAAAUCUCUUCGGGGGUUUCGCUCUCUUAUUGUGGAUCGGCGCCAUCCUUUGCUUCAUAGCCUACUCUAUCCAGGCUAGCACCGUCGAGGAGCCCGCCGAUGAUAAUCUUUAUCUUGGCAUCGUCUUAGCUGCCGUUGUUAUCGUUACAGGUAUAUUUUCUUAUUAUCAAGAAAGCAAGAGCUCGAAAAUCAUGGAAUCGUUCAAAAACAUGGUCCCCCAGUUCGCUACCGUACUUAGAGAGGGCGAAAAGCUGACCCUCCGCGCCGAAGACCUGGUCUUGGGCGACGUGGUCGAGGUGAAAUUCGGCGAUAGGAUCCCGGCCGACAUCCGAAUCAUCGAAUCCCGAGGCUUCAAAGUGGACAACUCAUCACUGACCGGCGAAUCAGAACCGCAAUCCCGCAGUCCGGAGUUCACUCACGAGAAUCCUCUCGAAACGAAGAACUUGGCGUUCUUCUCCACUAACGCCGUCGAAGGCACUGCCAAAGGUGUUGUGAUUAGUUGUGGUGACAAUACCGUGAUGGGCCGCAUCGCUGGUCUCGCCUCCGGACUGGACACCGGCGAAACACCCAUCGCCAAAGAAAUCCAUCAUUUCAUCCACCUCAUCACCGGCGUCGCCGUUUUCCUCGGUGUCACCUUUUUCCUCAUCGCGUUCAUCCUCGGCUACCACUGGCUCGACGCCGUCAUCUUCCUGAUCGGUAUCAUCGUCGCCAACGUCCCCGAAGGUCUCCUGGCCACCGUGACCGUCUGCCUCACCCUCACCGCCAAGAGGAUGGCCUCCAAAAACUGCCUGGUGAAGAAUCUCGAAGCCGUGGAGACAUUAGGCUCCACCAGCACGAUCUGCUCUGACAAGACCGGAACGCUCACCCAGAACCGGAUGACGGUGGCCCACAUGUGGUUCGACAACCAGAUCAUCGAGGCAGACACUACCGAGGACCAGUCCGGCGUGCAGUAUGACCGCACCAGCCCCGGCUUCAAGGCGUUGUCGCGCAUCGCCGCCCUCUGCAACCGGGCCGAGUUCAAGCCCGGCCAGGACAACGUGCCGAUUCUCAAACGCGAAGUCAACGGCGACGCCUCCGAAGCCGCUCUCUUGAAGUGCAUGGAACUAGCCCUCGGCGACAUCAUGUCCAUCCGACGCAAGAACAAGAAGGUGUGCGAAAUUCCAUUCAACUCCACGAAUAAGUACCAGGUGUCUGUCCACGAGAACGAGGACGCCAGCGACCCCAGACACAUCCUGGUGAUGAAGGGCGCUCCAGAGCGCAUCCUGGAGCGCUGCAGCACGAUCUUCAUCUGCGGAAAAGAAAAAGUAUUGGACGAGGAGAUGAAAGAAGCGUUCAACAACGCAUACUUGGAGCUAGGUGGCUUGGGAGAACGAGUGUUGGGUUUCUGCGACUUCAUGCUACCAACGGAUAAAUUCCCCAUCGGGUACAAAUUCAACUCCGACGACCCCAAUUUCCCUCUGGACGGGCUGCGCUUCGUGGGUUUGAUGUCGAUGAUUGAUCCCCCGAGAGCCGCGGUGCCGGACGCCGUCGCCAAGUGCAGGAGCGCCGGUAUCAAGGUCAUCAUGGUGACGGGCGAUCACCCGAUCACGGCGAAGGCUAUCGCCAAGUCGGUGGGCAUCAUCUCCGAGGGUAACGAGACCGUGGAAGAUAUCGCGCAGAGGCUCAACAUUCCGGUGUCGGAGGUCAACCCGAGGGAGGCCAAGGCUGCUGUUAUUCACGGUUCGGACCUCAGGGAUUUGUCGUCGGAGCAGUUGGAUGAAAUCCUGAGAUAUCACACUGAGAUUGUAUUCGCUAGGACUUCGCCUCAACAGAAAUUGAUUAUCGUGGAAGGUUGCCAACGGAUGGGUGCUAUUGUCGCUGUGACCGGUGACGGCGUCAACGACUCCCCCGCCUUGAAGAAGGCCGACAUCGGCGUGGCCAUGGGCAUCGCCGGCUCCGACGUGUCCAAGCAGGCCGCCGACAUGAUCCUGCUCGACGACAACUUCGCCUCUAUCGUAACCGGAGUGGAAGAAGGACGGCUCAUCUUCGAUAAUCUUAAGAAAUCCAUCGCCUACACCCUCACCUCCAACAUUCCCGAGAUCUCUCCCUUCCUCGCUUUCAUCCUGUGCGACAUUCCUUUGCCCCUCGGUACCGUAACAAUUCUCUGCAUCGAUCUCGGAACAGACAUGGUGCCUGCUAUUUCUCUGGCUUACGAAGCCCCGGAGUCCGACAUAAUGAAACGUCAGCCGCGCGACCCCUAUAGGGACAACCUGGUUAAUCGCAGGUUGAUCUCGAUGGCGUACGGCCAGAUCGGCAUGAUCCAGGCCGCCGCCGGCUUCUUCGUCUACUUCGUCAUCAUGGCUGAGAACGGCUUCAGACCGACCGACCUCUUCGGCAUCAGAAAGCAGUGGGAUUCCAAGGCCGUCAACGAUCUCAAGGACUCGUACGGACAAGAAUGGACAUAUCGAGACAGGAAGACGCUGGAGUACACGUGCCAUACCGCUUUCUUCGUUUCCAUCGUCGUCGUACAGUGGGCUGAUUUGAUCAUCUGCAAGACUCGUCGCAACUCCAUCGUCCACCAGGGCAUGCGUAAUUGGGCUCUCAAUUUCGGGCUGGUGUUCGAGACCGCCCUCGCCGCCUUCCUCUCGUACACGCCGGGCAUGGACAAGGGCUUGCGCAUGUUCCCGCUCAAGUUCGUGUGGUGGCUGCCCGCGAUCCCGUUCAUGCUGUCCAUCUUCAUCUACGACGAGACCCGAAGGUUCUACUUGCGUCGCAACCCCGGCGGAUGGCUGGAACAGGAGACCUACUACUAAGCGCAUCACUCCGUUUUGCGUACUGCCACCAGGUGGCACUGCGUCUGCUGCCGCAGGUCACAACAACAACAAAUAACAACAAACAAAACAAAAAACAAUUCACACUCAUCUGUCGAUCGGAAGGACUCCGUUUCACCCGCCGUGACGGCGUCGUUCCCAUGUCGGUCGUUGUGUACAAAAUCCUGUUGCUACUUCUAGUAAAUUUGCUGCAUGCUUACGCUGCAGUCCGUACAUUUGUAAUUUGAGAGCGAUUGAGAGAGAGUGAGAGCGUGCGCGUGAACGAGGGCGAGAGAGCGCGAGCGAGAGGCCGCAGGGCUGCCGUUGGUUGGUAGGUUGGUUGGUUGGUUGGUCUGCGAGUCGAGCAGCAGUGUAGAGACGCAAUAGUGUUUUCAUACAUUCCAAGUUGAAAACAGUUGCCUUAGUGAUGUCGGACUGUGUGCGAGUGGGUGGGGGCGGAGCCUUGACGGACGGCGGUUGCUUGUUGCGCGGCCUUCGGGGCUCCGCCACUGAACGUCUUGAACGAGGUAGUAUUAUUUAGGCUUUCAACACUUAGGUUAGCUAGAUUGUAACUGUGUUGUUAUAUCGUGUUAAGUGUCAUACCAGUCGUGCUCAAUACACAUGACUACUAACUACUAUCACGAUUGUAAACGUUUGACAUUCGUUUCGUUUGUUGUGUAUAUAGUUUACGUAACGGGCGGGUAGCAGUUACACUGUGUAGGCAGCACGAGUCCAUAAUAUUGUUUCUAAAUAUUGUUACGUUAAACGUGCGGUUAGUUGUUCAACGUUGGAGCCACACUUCUGGAGGUCUGCUUCUGUAGAGCCCUAUUUUCUUAUACUCUCUGAUGCGCGCUGCGUUGGUCUGAGACCAGCCGACCACGGUAUUGUUAUCUUAUUGUAAAUAUUUUUAAGUGAUCACUUAAUUAUUUUUCGCUUGUGUUCUUUUCACAUUCAUGUUUUAGUAUGUAACGAAGCUGUAUAAAUUUGGGUUUUAAUAAAAUGGAUGAUAGUAUUACA